GGUAAACAGGGUUGUGUAGUUAAUUGAAAUUAAAAUGUUCUGAUUGGCGAUUCUAUUUUUCGGAAAAUAUAUUCGCCAAUCAGAAUUUGUCCACGAUUUCUUAAGGUUUGUUUGAUCUCGCAAAAGCGGUAAUCGAUAAUAAUCGAUUUCGCUUGUUUUUUAAAACCAACCUAACCUAUAAAUUUCGAACUGUCAGUUUAAAACGUUUAAAAAUGUCUAAAUUUAAAAACAUGGAAUUAUUACCACCACCAAAAUCGUUAAUGAAUCAUAAAGAUUCUGAAAAAGUAUGGGAAGUUAUAAACAAGAGAUAUCCAAAAGUUGCACCACUUUUAUGUGAAAUGGAAUAUGUACUUUACGAGGCAGAAGAUCUCGUCGAUCAAUUGCAAUCAUCCAGCAAUCUUGAGAUUGUUAACUCAUCAAUGGAUGAAUCUUCGAAUGUAAAUUUGGAUGAAGAAAUUGAAUCAAAAGUAAAUGAAAAUGAAAGUUUAAAAAGUGAUUUCGAAAAUCAAGAGACGAAUUUAUCUACUAAUGCACAGGAAAUCGUGUUAGAAAAAAGUACAGAAUUAAUUAAAGUGGGAGAGAAUAAGAAUUUGACAGAAAUUCUCGGAGACGAUGGCAAUGAAACGGAGGAAUCACUUUACAUUUUAAAGAGAGUUGUUGAAACUAUAAAGAAGAGUGAGAAUAGCAUUUUACUGAAAAAUUGCGAUGAAAAUUUGAAAAUAAAUUUGGAACCUAAUGAAAUAUUUCAAGAAACAGUGAAUGUAGUUGAGACGAAAACAUCUGAGACUUUGAGUACUGAUGCUGAUUCUUGGAGUAAAGUCGUGGGAGAUUCUUCUGAAUCAAACGAAAGUUUUCAAGAGGAAUCCACAGAUAAUUCAAGGUUGCCACAGGUCAGGAAAAUCAGGGAAAAGUCAGGGAUUUUUAUUAAAAGAAAUGAAAAUUGUGAGAAGAAAUCAAAAGAAGUGGAUGAUUUGAAUGAUGAACAAGAAGACGAAACACUUAAUAAGGGAAAUUGA